CCCGUCAUCGGGGUAUACCAGUGAACACACUACUGUGAUCUAGUACUACGCUAAAUAUUGGACGGUUCUCAAUUUGGAAAUUAUUAUACGUCUGUAACAAAAUGUCGUAUCGAGCUGCGAAGGCUGGUCUAGCCCGGGAUACCCAAGUAAAGAUCGACUCCCAGUUUGACAUAGACGAGGCUAAGAAGUGUUUGUACUGGCUGGGCGAGAUGACGGGGGAGAAUGUGGAAAUACAAGAAACCGACGACCGCCGGGAGAUGGCCGACAGUUUUCACACGACGCUGAAGGACGGCUCACUCCUCUGCAGGUUGAUAGACGCGGUGUUACCAGAAGGCCAGAAAAUAGAUUUUUCGAAGAAAUCCUUCCAAGAGUCCAAAAACCAGGCGUUCACCAUGGCGAGAGAACGGGAGCGGAUCGCUAUAUUCAUCAACAAAUGCCAGGAAUACGGUGUUCCUCCAUCCAACCUCUUCCAGACAGACUCUUUAUAUGAGCGGACUAACCUUGUUCAAGUGUGCACCUGUAUUCGCGCUCUCGGAAUUGAGGCGCAGAGCCGACCAGGGUAUGCGGCUCCCGUGAUCUGGCCCAAGAAGAACGAGACGAACGUGCGCACAUUCUCAGAGGAGCAGGUGCAGGCCGGCAAGCAGGUGAUCAGCCUCCAAUAUGGGUCUAACAAAGGCGCCAAUCAGGCCGGCAUGAGCUUCGGAAAGACCCGCAUGAUUCUAGACUGACCCUGCCCCUCACCCCGCCCCUACCCGAGCGGGGCAUUCUCACACGUGCCAGGGAUUUUUUCAUAUAGUAUUAACAUUUAACAAAUUGUACAUUUCUUCAUUGUGAAAAUGCUGUGAGCAGCCAGAUACGCAGAGUGAAAUCAGUGCCAAAGAGACAUGUCGUGACCUUUUGGAGAUAUGUGACCUUUUGGAGUAAAGUGCAUGUUCGACUCCCAGUGAGCGAGGAAAUAGGACGUGUCUUUAAAAGCGCGGCGAAAUGCCUACCGCCUAUACGUCGAAUAUUGUAUUCUUGUGCGAAUUGGAUUAACUUCAAGUAUGUGUUGAAUGAACUUGACAGCUCGCCUGAACCCAAAAAGCUUUGUUGACCUAUUAUGAACACCGGCCUUUUUAAGUGCGAUGGCAAUGUCCGUGGACGACAUUUACGUUUUAACACUCUUAUCAGACACAGUUUUAACACAUUCUUUUAAAAUGAAACGUAGCCAUAAUGUGUGUCUUAAUGACAUAUAGGUCAUCCAUGAAUGCGAACCAUUUCGGGUAAAAAAUAGAGGCAAUAUUUCUUUUAAAAUUUAUCGAAUGGUCAGAAUUAAAUAUAAACCAAGUUGGCAAUAGAAAUCGCAAUUUGAAUGUAGAUCUGUUCAUGCUCAACAUCUUGCCAUCAUGCCGAUUGAAAACAAAUCAUUGUUAAUACCCUUUCCUACACAUUUACAACGUACUGAGCAUUGUCAUUUAGCGUAUUCAGGUGAGCUAUGCAGGAAUAUCAAGGCCAUAUUGUCAAUUUAAUUCAGCCAAGUAUUCACACGUAGGUUCAAGUUUUUUCCCGUUUAUCAAAUGCUUAUUAAUCGUAUUAAAUUUAUGACUAAAAUUUAUGCUUUUAUUUAGAUAGCUCACCGCGAAGUGUUAGCUUUUAGAUAGCUCUCAUCUCGAGCUCAGGGUCGAGUGUUAGCUAUAUGUACAUGUAGAUAGCCCAGGACCCGAGUGUUAGCUUUAUGUACAUGUAGAUAGCCCAGGGAACGAGUGUUAGCUUUAUGUACAUGUAGAUAGCCCAGGGAACGAGUGUUAGCUUUAUGUACAUGUAGAUAGCCCAGGGAACGAGUGUUAGCUUUAUGUACAUGUAGAUAGCCAAGGACUCGAGUGUUAGCUUUAUGUACAUGUAGAUAGCCAAGGACUCAAGUGUUAGCUUUAUGUACAUGUAGAUAGGCCAGGGAACGAGUGUUAGCUUUAUGUACAUGUAGAUAGCCCAGGACCCGAGUGCUAGCAUUAUGUACAUGUAGAUAGCCCAGGACUCGAGUGUUAGCUUUAUGUACAUGUAGAUAGCUCAGGGAACGAGUGUUAGCUUUAAGUACAUGUAGAUAGCCAAGGUCACGAGUGUAAGCUUUAUGUACAUGUAGAUAGCACAGGACUCGAUUGUUAGCCUUAUGUACAUAUCUCAGGACUCAAGUGUUAGCUCUUUGUACAUAUAGAUAGCUCAGGACUCAAGUGUUAGCUUUAAGUACAUGUAUAUAGCAUCGGACUCAAGUGUUAGCUCUAUGUACAUGUAGAUAGCUCAGGACUCGAGUGUUAGCCUUAUGUACAUGUAGAUAGCCCAGGACUCGAGUGUUAGCUUUAUGUACAUGUAG